AUGGCACGUAGGCAUAGACGUACAGCGGCGGCAACAGCAACACCGGUAGAAAAGGAGGUGCAUUACCGUGGAGUAAGAAAGAGGCCAUGGGGGAAAUAUGCAGCGGAGAUAAGAGAUCCACAUAGGAAAUGCCAAGUAUGGUUAGGUACAUUUGAUACAACAGUGGAGGCAGCGAUGGCGUAUGAUGCAGCAGCCAUAAAGUUUCGAGGCAUUAAGGCAAAGACAAACUUCCCAAUUCCUGUUGAUUUGACUCGAAGUCACAGUGAGGUGAGUACUGUUGAAUCAUCUACCGCGAAGACUAAGGUGAAGAAAGUGGAGGUUCCAGAGGAACUGGUGAUUGUUGAAUCAUCACAUCCCCUAUUGGAUCUAACCCUUGGCAGGUCCUCGUAUUGUCUAGGAAGUAAGUUAUUUUCCUCCCAGACUCAGAAUCAUCUGGAUGCUCAUGGUCGUGAUCAUGGUGGUCUUGAUCGUGGUGAAAUGUUUCAUACUAACAGAUUCGGAUCCAUAAUCAUGGGUUCCGAUGCAGGAAAUCUCAGCGAGUCGGAUUCUUCAUCAGUGGUUGAUUUUAUGGGUAACGAUACUAAGGACAUUUAG